AUUGGCAGGCACCAUGUUGAAGACAGCAGAGAUUGCGUGGCAGCCGCGGGUUUCUCCCCUUCGGUCGCACGCAUCUUUUAACUCCGUUUCGGCCGCCUCUCGAUCGCAAGCCUCCUUGCCGAGACAACUGACAAUGGGAUCGACAGGCCGUGGCAGCACGCGAUCUCUGCGGUUUCUCUCUGUCUCGCUUUGUAAACAAGCUUCCCCUUUCUGCCUGUCAGAGCUAGCAGUCGGAGCUCCUUUCUUGACGGCCGCUCCAACCCACAGAGAGGCGCCUCUCGACAUAACUCAGCGGAGCCUCUCUCGCCUUUCGCGAGGCACUGCUGAAGGAAGAAGGCGAGGGUGUGUCGGGGCUCGUUUCCCUCAGACAACACCCGGCGAGAGUUCAGCUGAAACUUCUCCACCGUUGCUUCGCGGGACGUUCCCCAGUCUCGAGGAACCGCGGGGAAUCUCCUCCAGACGACUUCUGUGUGGCCGCCUUCCGUCACGCCCAUCUCCGGCCUCUGCGUCGGUCUCUGACGAAGGCGGGAGGUCAGCGCGCUUCCAACGCGGAGACAGCCGGCUCUUCGGAGCGUUCAAGGCGCCAGUGUCUCCUGGCGUCUCUCGAGGCAAAGGACCCAACUCGUCUUGCUUCGUCGUGCUGGACAGCGGCGCGAGCUGGGUCAGAGGGAGUGACGUUUUUACAGGGCCUCUCGGGUCUACUCGAAGCAAACACUUUGCUCGGUCUUCCUCAAAAACGAAUCCGCUCGCGCUCUCGACACCGAGGAAAGAGCGAAGCGAGAAGACCAGCCCAAAACGUGAGCAGGCGGGCCGCGAGAAACGGCCCGGCCUCUUCGACGAACUCCUGUCCACUUUCGAGAGCUUCCGUUCUCGAGAAACACAAAAAAUGAAUUCCUCCGCUUCUGUACUCGGCGUCCAAAGCAUACAUACAAGAAGCGACGCCAACGCUGUCCUCUCCAGGUUCCAAGCAGCCAUUCAACCUGGAGGGUGGGACACGGGGAUCCCCUUGGUCCCGUUUCUCCUCCUGGCGCCACUCGCCUCGUUGCUCGUCUACGCGUUUCUCUGGAAGAGUCUCUGGCGACCUCUGAAGAGAGAAGAAGAGCGCACUGGGCGUCUUGCCCUCACCCGAGGGGAAGACGGGAAGAAGGCCCUCCAUUCCCCGUCUCCAAAGCCAUUUUCUUUGAGUCUCGUCCCUCUGUACGCUUCGGAUCUGCUGUCGCACUUGGGGCCGUUCCUGGCGAAGCACGUCGAGAGCCGCGGAGUUUGCAAGAGAGCGUUGAGCGAACUACAAGACCCGCUUCUGGCUCGUGAAGCGAAAGGCUCCGCUCUUGCAGCACUUCAAACGAUGCUUCAGUAUCCCUCGAUUGCGAGGCACCUCUGCUCGACGAAAAUCGGUUCUCGUUUCUCUUCUCCCUCUUCCUGCCCUCCCGCCAGUCCUCAUUCGCCCCCAGGGGAGACAGACGACGAGACAGAAGGGCACCGAGGGAAGAAGACACAGGACACAGGAACCGAGUUGAAGCAACAAAGAGACAAGACACCUCUGGAAAUCGUUCUGUCGGUUUUCGUGGGCGAAAAUCUACCGGAGGGCAUCGUCAAACAGUCGACGGAGUGGCUCCUGGAACUAAGCUGUCUCUGUACCAUUCUGCGUCACACGCCUCCAGAGGACAGAGAAGUCCCGUACGACCUUCUCCUUCGCCUCGUGAAUGCAAAUGCAUCUCUGUGGGCUCAUGAACCGAGUUUCGAGGAGCUGCGUGGGCGAAUUCUUCUCAAGCUUCUGGAAAAUACAUCCAACGCUUUGACUGUGUACGACCGAGAAGCGCCACAGCUGCAAGCUCGGUCAGUCGAGAGCGACAGCGGCCACCAAACAGAGAAGGACGAACUGUCAGUUCCGGAGAAAGUGCUUUCUUCCGACCACGGUUCUUCAGCAGACUUGGCUGAACGGGCCUCAGCGAAGAACGAAUCGUCGCCAGAGCAUGCAUCGAGCUCGUCUGCUCCGUCAGAUGCAUCUGACGUGGAGACUCAGGAAGAGAAAAAGGGUACUCAAGACACCCCCCGCCUCGUCCUGGACUUGCUUCUCCAUCCCGGCCCCUACACCACGCCUGACUCCAUUUUUCUUCAGCUCUGGCCUGUAGGCCAGCGAAUUCGAGCGGGCGAGCCUGAGCAUGCACUGCGCAGAGCUGUGAAGCUCCUCCGCUCCUUUGUCGAGGCUCGCGACGAGGCGAGAAUUUCGGAGCGCCACGCUUCCGAUGAAUUGAGGGAGAACAGCGUCUCGUUGUCUUCUUCAGCGUCGUCUUUCUGGAGCAAACUGAGAGGGAGAGAAUCCAGGAAGCAGGCUGGAGAGAAGGACGCUUCAGGCGACUACGGCGCCCAAGAUGUUUCCCCGCUUUCAGCUGCUCUUCUUCUCUGCGACACUUCGUUGCCAUCUCCUCGUCGCUCUCCUCCCUGGCGCAUGAAACUUCUCCUGAGAGAACUGGAAACUGACCUCUUGUGCGUCCUUUCCGUUGUGUUUCUGGGCGUCUUCAGCCGCAAAAGCGGCGGCGAAAGCCUCUUUGGCGAGGUUGGGAAGAUUGCCCUCACCGGCAUUAGAGCACUUCGAGGUCUUGCGAUACUCGAGGCGGCCUACCAUCUGGAAACGAACUUCAUCCACUCUCCAGCGUACUAUGAAGCAACCGAUUCCGAUAUGAUAAAGCAGAGCCUUGGCUUGGUGACAUUUAACGGGCUUCUUGCAGCAGCGGUCUUCCGCACGCAUAAAUAUGCUCUCCUGCCCUUCUUCCUUCUGCGAAUUCGCGACAUGUUCGCAAUGGAUUUCCGGAUCUGACGACGCAGAUCCGCAGAAAUCUCUUCAUGCUCGACCGGGGGUCAAAACGGAACUCCACCACUCUGAUUGGAGAAUGUGUCUCGUCUUCUCUGGGAUGAACGGACGCAGAGAAGGUCGCGCGAGAGUUUGUGAAGAAACGCAUCGAGGCAAAUCUGGGACACGAGGAAUCCUGAGGUUGUGGCAGUGCCACAAACGCCCCAAGCAAAUGUGCAUGCAGAGGGAUACGAGGAAAAAGUACGCAGGGGUACAGAGAGUGGACACAGAAUAGGAGGCGAGACAUCAGGCUCGCAAGUAGCUGCUGAAACUGUACGAACGCCUUCUACGUCUGUAACUGAAGUCUACACAUUUCCUGGGAGGGGUUCUUUUUCUACUUCGAAGUUUUCUUUUGCUAUCGCUUUACUUUUCCAGCCUCUUGGUUUUCUGUUCUGGGCGCUUUGCGUGGAACCAGUAACAACCCCGGGCCUGUGCCCCCACCUCUCUUGUUCUCUGCCUCCCCUGUGUCAGUUUCUGCCUCUCUGAUUCAUGAAAACAAAGAGCUCACCUCUGCCGGGCUGCCUUCCUCCUGCAGUUCUCGGUGAAGGGUCCGUGCGCAAGGUCUAAAAGACGCGCCGAGCCGAAAAGUCUCGUUUUUCUCAACAAGCAGUUCUCCAUUGGAUGUUUGCACGAAAAAUCGGCGAAGCGAGUAGCCAAAAACCUCUGAGGGCCGUCUGCCUACAAAACAGCUUCCGCCGUCACUGGCUCCUACAGAUCCCUUCUACUAACUCGUGUGAGCUAUAGAGAUUCGCUUCAAUGAAUUGGUGUCUGUUGCACAUACUUGCACAAUCUUGAGCGGUAGGUGGGGAGCAAACCCUCUCCCCGCGUUCUUAAUCCAGCUGCUCGAUUCUGC